AUGUCUGCCUCCAGCUCUACAGAAUCUGGUCCCUCUACACUCCGAUCACGUUCACACCGUCCACCAUCACUCCGGCAAACCGAUUCUCAUCAAAGUAAUUCAUCAGCUCCACACGAGAGUCCUGCUAGGGAGGAUGGUCCCAAGUCUGGUGUAUCAGCUGGAUCAUCAAAUGUGCAAUUUCCAGGAGGACUGUAUUUGCCUGCUGUCAAAGGUACGAUAGGAGGAAUAGAAUCACCGCGAAGGCACGUUCGAGGUUCAGCAAGUAUAUCUACACUCCGUAACGAAACUCCUACAACACCGAAUUCUAAACCAUCCUCCGAUACGACUGUACAACCUCACAAUCCCGAACAAAACGCUCCCCCGCCUCCACCAGCGAGCAGAGCGAUAUUUAGAAGUGACCACACAAUCAAAAGCUGCUUGUUGGGCCUGAAGAUGGAUAAAGCAAGCGAAAUUGCUAGGUUAUUUGGAGCUGCUUAG